AUCGAUAGUCCCCAUUUCACUUUGACACUCUUCUCUCUCUUUCUUUGUUUGUCGCCAUUCUAAUUUAAUUUUUGUAUGCAUUCCUAUUAUUUCCUCCUCCCAUCGUCACCUUUCCCCUAGCCACCUACUCUCAAAAUGAACUCCGUCGAUUCUUGAUCAUUAAAGAAUGGAUUUUGCGUUGAUGACGCCGGACAACGGCACGGCGGCGCCCGCCGGACACCUGUCCGCGUACAACAACUACGCUCUUCUCGCAGAAUAUAAACCCGGCUCCGGCGACCCACCAGGCGGCGACGGCGUCAGGACCCAUGGAUCUAUGCACCCCGUCAAGCAAGAAAGAUCUGGGCCGCCCUCGCCAUCCGAAGAAUCCCGGAGGCCUUCUAAAGCUCCCACCUUUCUGCUGAGAUCUGCCGCUGCUGCCAGCGGCGUUCCCGGAAAACCGCCCACCAUGCUCAGCUUCUCUUCCGCCUCGGAAGAGAUUCCUUUUUUCUCCGCCGCCGAAGAUUCCCCUCCCACAAAAAGCUUGUGUUACCCGUUUUUGCAGGCGGAGCAGAAACGGGCCGCUCCCCAUUCCGGCGGCGGAGCUACCGGUUAUGGAGCGGCGAGAGGGUGGAGCGACGGCUCGCGCGGUGGAUUUGGACGGCCGAGCGGACCAUUCACACCACCGCAGUGGAUGGAGUUGGAACAUCAAGCCCUGAUCUACAAGCACUUAGUUGCAAAUGUCCCAAUCCCUUCUAAUCUUCUCAUCCCCAUCGCUAAAGCUCUAAACCCAUACUCUUUCUCUGGCUUAACUUCUGCUUCUUCUAAUUAUGCCUCCAACUGGGGAUGGAGCGUUGGUUUGGGCUCAAGCAACGAUCCAGAGCCCGGGAGGUGCCGUCGGACUGACGGCAAAAAAUGGCGUUGCUCCAGAGAUGCUGUGGCCGAUCAGAAGUACUGUGAAAGGCACAUCAACAGAGGCCGCCACCGUUCAAGAAAGCCUGUGGAAGGCCUCACCGGCCGCACUGUUUCCGGAUCUGCCGCCCCUUCUUCAAAGGUAUCGCCACCUGCUGUUGCAGCUUCUGCACCGCCGCCUGCGGUGGCGAUAUCCUGUGAUGGUGGCGGCGCGUCCAACAGCCUCGGUGCCUUGAAGCACCACCAUCAGUUCAAUAACAACACUCACCCCAAUCUUCCAAACCUUCCCACUACCAACAGGGGACAAGGUGUCCCUGUGACAUAUCCUAGUGUGAGUUUGAAGGACACCCAAGAACACAACUACCCUUACAAAGACAUGAUGGGUUAUGGGUUUCUGUCCUCAUCGGAAUCCGGUCAAGAUGGAGACCAACAACAUCGUCAUCCGGUUCGCCAUUUCAUGGACGGGUGGGUGACCAAGGAACAACAAUCGACCCGAGGCCCCGUGGAACCGAAACCAGACUGGACUCAGCUCUCAAUGUCCAUUCCCAUGGAGCCGAAACCGGACGAACGGCCUUCCAAUUCUUCCCUCAGACCGGUUCAAAAGACAUCAGCAAAUGGUUGGAUUCCGGCUGCAUCUUGGGGGAACAAUAUAAACACUUCGUCGUCGUCCAUGGGGGGUCCGCUCGGGGAGGUUUUAAUAAACAGCACCUAUGGUUCCUCACCGACGGGCGUCUUGGGGGGCUCCACCUUUGUGUCGCGCUCGAACAGCAGUUCGGGGAGUAGCCCGCCGUCUCGGAUGAGAUGAGACCAAGAAAGAUGUCAAGCUAUCUGGCUUGUUUGUUUUAAGUUGUUUUGAGUGUCACAACAUUAUAUUGUGUCUGGUGUAUGAUGUUGUUAAGUAAAGAAUGUUUGGUUAUGCAACUUGUGUCGGUUUUACUAUCCUUUUUGGUACGUUCAUUUGUUUGUUUUUUUCCUUUUAAAUAACUAUGGAAUAAGGUUGACUGUUCUUU